AUGCGAAGAAGCCACCAGGUGGCGCUGCAGCGGCGGGCCUUGAGACCGGGCCUCUCCCGCCUCCUGGCGGCGACUCGGCAGAGCGCAGCCUCCCUCAGACCGGGCCUCUCCCGCCCCCUGGCGGCGACUCGGCAGAGCGCAGCCUCCCUCAGACCGGGCCUCCCCUGCCCCCUUGCGGCGGUUCGGCGCAGCGCAGCCUCAGACCGGGCCUCCCCUGCCCCCUUGCGGCGGCUCGGCGCAGCGCAGCCACCCUCAGACCGGGCCUCCCCUGCCUCCUUGCGGCGGCUCGGCGCAGCGCAGCCUCCCUCAGACCGGGCCUCCCCUGCCCCCUUGCGGCGGUUCGGCGCAGCGCAGCCUCAGACCGGGCCUCCCCUGCCCCCUUGCGGCGGCUCGGCGCAGCGCAGCCUCCCUCAGACCGGGCCUCACCUGCCCCCUUGCGGCGUGCCUCCCCGCGGUGGGCGCGUCCCCUUUAAGGGCCCCUCCCCUCCGGCGUCGGUGGGCGUGUCCUCGCGGGAGGCCCCCCCCGGCGGGCGGCCGCCAUUGGCUGGGGCCGUCGGGGCUGGGGCGCUGGUGCCGCCCCGCCGCCAGGGGCGCGGGGCGGGCGCGGCCCCGCCGCCAGGGGGCGGUGUGCGCGCGUGUCCCCCCGUGUCCGCGUGUCCCCCCGUGUCCCCGUCCCCGUGUCCCCGUCCCCGUGUCCCCGUCCCCGUGUCGCCGGCGUGUGGGUCGGGUCGGUCCCCGGGUGGGGCCGGUGCCCCGGGGGCCGCGGGCGGGGAUGGGGCCCUGAGCCCCCCGACGCCCAGCAUGGGCGGGCCCCGCCUGGCGGCCCCGGCCCUGGCCCUGGCCCUGGCCCUGGCCCUCGGCCGCCUCGCCACGCCGCUCGCCAGGACCCUGGACCCCGUCGCCUGGACCUCCCACAACCCCAAAUUCCUGAGCGGGACGGGGCUGGUGAUCCACCCGGAGAUCGGGGACAAGCUGGACAUCACGUGCCCGCGGGCGGAGGCCGGGCGGCCCUACGAGUACUACAAGCUGUACCUGGUGCGGAGGGAGCAGGCGGCCGCCUGCAGCACCGUCCUGGACCCCAACGUGCUGGUCACCUGCAACCGGCCCGACACCGAGAUCCGCUUCACCAUCAAGUUCCAGGAGUUCAGCCCCAACUACAUGGGCCUGGAGUUCAAGCGCCGCCGCGAUUACUACAUCACCUCCACGUCUAACGGGAGCCUGGAGGGGCUGGAGAACCGCGAGGGCGGGGUGUGCCAGUCCCGCUCCAUGAAGAUCGUCAUGAAGGUCGGCCAGGACCCCAGCGGGGCCGGGCCGGAGCCGCCGGCCACCGGCCGGCCCGGCAAGGAGGCGGCGGACAACGCGGCGGGGGCGGCCACCCAAGCCCCCCGGGGGGCCCGGCCUUCCGGCGGCACGGACGGCAAGCACGAGACGGUGAACCAGGCGGGCGGCGGCGGCGGCGUGGCGGACGGCUUCUUCGGCUCCAAGGUGGCCGUGUUCGCCGCCAUCGGGGCCGGCUGCGUCAUCUUCCUCCUCCUCAUCAUCUUCCUCACGGUGCUGCUGCUCAAGCUGCGCAAACGGCACCGCCGGCACAGCCAGGCGCGGGCGGCCGCCCUGUCCCUCCGGACCCUGGCCGGCCCCGGCGGCGGGGGCACGGCGGGCACCGAGGCCAGCGACAUCAUCAUCCCCCUCCGGACUGCGGAGAACAACUACUGCCCCCACUACGAGAAGGUCAGCGGCGACUACGGCCACCCCGUCUACAUCGUCCAGGAGAUGCCCCCCCAGAGCCCCGCCAACAUCUACUACAAGGUCUGACGGGGCGGCGGAGGGGCGCCCACCCGGACGCUGACGGACCCCCACCCGCCACCAGCUCUUUUCUUUUUUGUUGUUUUUUUUUUGAAAAAAAAAACUCUUUGCGUUCACCACCGGCUGACUCGGCGGCGGCCGUCCGCGAGGAUGGGGAGGGGAGCCCCCCGAACCCCCUCCGAUUUCCCGCCUUCUCCCCCCGCGGACGGGGGGGACCUCACAGGGUAAUUACCGGGUUAAUCGGCCGUUGCCACGGGAACGAGGGGCCGGGCUGGGCACCCGAGUCUGGGGGCUUUGAGGCGAGGGCAUCGGUCCACCCUGGGAAACCGGGGGACCCCCCCCCCCCACUCCAUCCCCUCCCAGGGAAGUGACUCACCCAAGGUCACACGGCGGUCGGCGGGGAGAAGCCCAAGCCUCGCCGCCACCUCCGCGUCGCGUCCCCCCCCCGCGCCCCCCAACUCACAGCUGGUGCACUUUGAACCCAGAGCCGGCCCCCGAACCCGCAUCGCCCCCCCCAACCCCCCCCAAAAAAAAUACAAAAACCCGGCUCCUCGCCCCCGCCCAAGGUUUCCUUUGUUCCAGGGCCCUUUUGUGCGUGUAAAUACGAGUCUUUUUGGAAAAGGAGUUAUGUAAAAAAAAACCAAAAAAACAAAAAAAAAAAACACCCCCCAAACCACCCCGCUCCCCGGACGACGAAAAAAAAAAGAAAACCGUUUUGUACAAACUCUGAAUUAUUUUCUGGUUGCUUUUUCCUAGAAAAAACGAGACUAAAAAUAAUUAACCACACCGA